UACCGCAGACUGGCUACUGAUCGAGUAUAAAUGACACUACGCGGUAGCAAAUCGAGCAAGUUUUCACAUUGCGAACAUGACAUGUGGCUGUCGUUCUCUUAUUCAAAUAUGCGCUUAUUUGGCGUUCAUCACGAUCGCAGUCGCGGUUGAUCAAGAGGAAUGCGAUAAAACAAAAUGUCCGGGUCCAUUGGCAUAUUACAAGGAUCUUAAUUGUAUUCCGGUAUAUAAAAAAGAAGGUGAUUGCUGCCCCACAAAAUACAACUGUGAUCAUCUGAAAGAUAAGUCACCUACCAAAUGUUACAUCAACCAUAAUACGUACGAGAUCGGAGAGGAGCUUAAAGGUGGGGAUGCACAUCCCUGUGUUCAUUGUAUGUGCGUCGAAGGACGGGACGGAAUCGCCAAGUUUAUUUGCGCAGAAGUUGAUUGUUUCAAUGGGCCAACGCAACCUGGCUGCUAUAGAAAGAAUUCUCCAUUACGAUGCUGUCCAGGAGAGGAAGUUUGUCCUGAAAAUCUUGAAGAUAGAGCUAUCUGUAAUGUAGACGGAAAGCAAUAUAGAGAUGGAGAAUAUUUUACUGUUGAAAGUGAACCGGAUUUAACCUGUGUAUGCCAACCGGGUUACGAAGGGAACAACGUCAAACCUUUCUGUGCAAAGUUGAAACAUCCAUUCUGUAGACCGCAUUCCAACAAUGUACGCGUCUAUGUUAAUAAUUGUAUUCCGGUUUAUGAGUCGGAUGAAUCGCCGCAAACUAGUUGCAGAUUUUUUGCCAGAUGUCAAAAUGACAACGACACUGUUAUUCACAACGUGCAGGACAAUUCGAAGUCUGCCGAGAAAAAUUCCAAUGACGAGGACGUUUGUUAUUUUGGUAAUAUGACUAUGCAUCGCGGUGACGAGUUAAACCAAGAUACAGAUUAUAGUUCUGUAUGCGUUAAAUGCAUUUGCGAAGUACCUCCGGUGCCCACUUGUCAGCGUUUACCGAAUGAAGAAUGCGAUGUCAUAAAGCGUACGGUCUCUUCAUCGUCGGGUAGUAGUAACCUGUGUCAAGGCAGAACAUGCAAAUAGUUCGUAAAUAUAAGAACUUUUUUACUCGUGUAUAUUUGAUACUAUUGGCAUUUCUUCUGUUGAUUAGAAUAAAUGUUUUUACAUAUUGCGCGUUAAAAAGUGUCGAUUAAAAAUUCCAACUGUCGUAUGAAAAUUAUGAUUAUAGAUAAUAUUAAAGAGUUAAAAUCAUUUAAUCAUUAAAUAAAACCAAAAAAGCAACUAUUUGUAAAGUAAAUCAUACUUCUUGAUCAUUAAUAGAUUAAUAAAUUUUUUUAAAAGCUUUA